AUGUCUCAAGCUAGUCAAGUCCCAGAACAGUUUUCAGGAUAUGCUGCUCAUGAUGAAAAGGCCGGCAAAGCUCUCGAGGUUAAGCCGUACAAGUACACCCCACAGAAAUGGAACGAAGCUCUAAUCGAUCUCAAGGUCACCCAUUGUAGCAUCUGUGGCUCUUGUUUGCAUACCCUCCAAAACCAGUGGCCAGUUCCGAUCAAUUAUCCCGCAAUCUGCGGACACGAGAUCGUCGGUACGGUCGCCAAGGCAGGCAAGGAAAGUGGGCACAAAGUUGGCUCUCGAGUAGGCAUUGGUGGUCAAGCUGGUGCUUGUGGCUCGUGCCAUCAUUGUAAAUCGGGUAUGGAGAACUUUUGCGAGAAGGGUUUGAUAGGCACUUACCAGGGAAAAUGGGCGGAUGGAUCAAUGUCUCAAGGUGGCUAUGCGGAUUAUGUGCGCGUUCAAGGUAAAUUCGCCAUCGAAAUUCCAAAGGAACUCUCAUCUGAGACUGCGGCCCCAAUGAUGUGUGCUGGAAUAACCACGUAUAAUCCUAUCAAAACCGGAGGUGCCGGGCCAGGUAAGAAGGUGGCCAUCGUUGGUGUUGGCGGUUUAGGGCAUUUCGCCAUACAGUGGGCUAAGGCCUUGGGAGCCGACGUGUUUGCAAUCAGUCACUCAGAUUCUAAGAGGGAGGAUGCUGAGAAAUUGGGUGUCAAAAAGGAGAACUUUAUUGUCUCGAAGGACCCUGAAGAGACCGCUAAGGAAUGGGAAAACUCGUUUGAUUUGAUUCUUUGCACGAGCAAUCAACGCGAGUUACCAGUCGAUAAAAUUUUCUUCCCACUGCUCAAGCCCCAUGGCCGUCUAACACUCGUUGGGUUACCAGAAGAGAACAUUCCGACCUUCUCUGGUUUUGCAUUGAUUGGAAAGGGGAUCAGUUUCGGCGGUAGCUUGAUUGGCCCACCGGAAAUGAUAAAAGAGAUGUUGGAUGUUGCUGUCAAACACAAUGUCAAAUCUUGGACUACCUCUCACCCGAUGCAAGAGGUUGGGCAGAAGCUCAAAGACAUGGAGGCUGGCCGAGCUCGUUACCGGUUUGUAAUGACUAAUUGAGGCCUAUCACGGCAAGCAAGAAUCGAAAUUCAUACAUUCUUAAAAGUUCAGAUUUAUAGCUCAAC